GGGGUUAGUUAUUCAGUGGAGUCAUUAUCUAGAUUUUUUCACCAGAAUGAAGUCAACUUUUUCUAAACUGAUAAUUUUUGCCAGCCUUCAGCUUUGCGCUCAAGCCGGUGGCAAUGUGGCUACACCGCCCUCAUGCGUGGAAGAAUGUCCUCCUGGAUUCGAGCAAGUAGCAGGACUUCCCCACUGCUACAAACUGAUGUUGGCUCUGGGACCCGUGAGCCAUGACAAGGCAGUCGUGGCCUGUGGCUUUGAAGGAGGAGCCACACUCGCCACUUUCGACACAGUCGGAGACCAGCAAACCCUUCGCAACCAUAUGUGGUCCCACUACGGAGCUGCCAUCGCUAAAGAUCCAGCUCAUCUAGCUGAGUUGGGUUUCUGGACUGGGUAUGCCAGACAGUAUGGCGACUCUAGCAACUCUUUCGUCAACAUAUACUCUGGACAAACGCUGGACUCUGAGUUCUUUGCCAAUGGGCAACCGGACAACCUUCUGUUGGGAGUGUGGGGCGAGGAGGCGUGUGUGGUGAGGAAGAAGUUCAGCAAGAGUGUGGUCAAAUGGGCAAACUCAGACACUGGCUUGGAUGACUACAACUGUGCUUUCCCCCACUGGGCCAUAUGCAUGCAUCGUGACGUGUUUGCCCUUAACAUGCAAGCAUACAAUAGUGUGCUGAUGGCGGGUACUGGAGUGAAUCUUCCGGUAGGAGGGAGUUGCAGAGUGGACUGGGUCGACCAGAAUGUGUAUAUUCUGGACAUGAUCAGUGCCAAGAGAGAGGCGAACGGAUACGCUGAUCAGGCACAACAGUUUGCGGGAAUUGUGAACGAGAUUCGAUCUCCGACCUGCCCGACUUUAUAAUUCAAUCAAUUCCCGACUUGACUUGGAAACAACAACGACACCCGACGAAAAAGGAACCACCACAAAAUAUAGUAACGAAUUGAGAAUCCCAAAAAGGAAGAAAAUCAUAAAAUCCCAAAAAUACCAUAAAUCAACAUUUCAUCUACAGACUGAACGAAAGCUUUCGGUGAUGGUUCAUGAAAUUCGGCUGGGGGCUUGUUAUGAAAGAACUGAUGUUGAAACAAAACUAACAGGGGAUUUUGAAUUAAAUUCUUGAAAUAUAA